AAGUAAUGUUUAUUAUACGUGAAGCCAACAAAUCAGACAUCUCUCAGUUGAGACAACUAUUUGAAUGCUCGGCCAGUGAUCACAGAUCGCAUGUCAGCCGUACUGUUGUUGUCAGUGAUGAACAGUUAGAAAACAAUGGGUUCAGUGAUGACAACACCAAUAAAUGGCAAUUUCGGACACUAGUAGCUCAACUCAAUGAUAAUAAUAGAAGCUAUGAUAGACAACAACAACAACAACUAAUUGGUUACAUUAUCUACUCCAAUGGUUACACAAUAAUCAGAGGAAAAGGCAUUUGUAUAGAGGAUCUCUAUGUGAGGGAUGAGUAUACUAUCAAAUUAGAUACAGGUGCCAGUAGUGGUGUGGGUCGGGCAUUGUUAUCGUCACUGGCCAAACAAGCAGUUACAAGCGAUAUCACAUUUAUGGAGUUAAAUUGUUUCGGUUGGGACGACCACUUCGGGUCGAUAUUCAAGUCUUUAGGCAUCAUUGACGAGACAAUAGAGAUGUCGUCCCAUUCGUUUGGUAUGACUGGUGAACCAUUGAAACAAUUAGCUAAUAGUGUAGUGAAUAAUGAAAAAUUUAAAUCUACAUUUACUGUACAAAAAGCAAUAGUAGAGGACAAGUAUGCAGUAAGAGAUUUGUUCAAAAAGUUUGCUGAGUUUAAUAAUAGAGAUCCCGAAACUGUUGUAAGUGUGGAACAGAUAGAUAGGGAUGGUUUUGGCGAACGAUCAGUGUUUAGGACAGUUAUCUUGAAGCACAACACCAGUGAACAGAUAGUUGGUUUUGCAUUAUACUAUCCGACGUUCACGCCGUUCAAUGGCCUCGGCGUUUGUAUGGAGUAUCUGUAUGUUUGUCCAGAGUUUCGCGGUUCGGGUUCCGGCCGAGCAUUGAUGGCUGCAGUGGCCAAUGAGUCGGCAAACGAUGGUUAUUGCAAUUACUUUCGGUGGGGAUGUUUUAUGCGAAAUACCGAUACCAUUGCCUUUUACAAGAGGAUCGGUGGUACUGAUUGGACGGAAACAAAAAAUAUACACAACUUUUUUAUUUAUGGCAACAAUUUGAUUAAAUUAAUUAAUAAGACAAUCACUGAACAAACAAUGUCAUCGGCGUCUUCGUCACCAUUUAUCAUAAGACCGGGUGUUAAAAGUGAUUGUCCAUCAAUACGGGCAAUGAUUGUCUCACUGAUGGACCACAUAAAGGUUGACAGCAAUGAAAUGCCGGUACAAAGUGUCGAACAACUUGAAGAAUAUGGAUUCUGUGAUCAAUUAGACAAACGAAAGUUUUAUACGCUUUUGAUAGGUAUGGCACUGUAUAUACCCCACUUUUCUCCCUGUUUGGGUAAGGGUAUCAGUUUGAUAGACUUGAUUGUCGAUGAAAAACAUCGUCGAUCCGGUAUAGGCCGGGCACUGAUGGAAACAUUGGCCAAAUAUGCCGUCCGGGAGAACUGGGAAUAUAUAUAUUGGAAUUGUGUGGCCAGUGAUGUCAAGGCCAUGACUUUCUAUAAGAGUUUGGGUGCCAAAGAUUUUAGCGAAACCUAUGGUUUUCAUUGGCUAGCAUUACGCGGUGAUGAUCUUAAACAAUUGGCAGACAAUAAGCAAUAA